AUGUUCCUUUGCCCUACAACAGGAUGAAAUAUAGUGUCUUUUUGAGUAAGUAAAUGACUGACCUCGUUUCUUCAUUUAUACUAACCAAGCCUUACUAUUUUCAUCCUCAAGCCUCUGCUGUCCUUAAGACAUGUAUUUUGUGCAAAUAAGGUGUUAAAGAAACCCCAAACAUUAAAAAUGGUUUAAAAAAAUAAAUCUAAAGUUUAAUAACUCUUAGCCAGACCUUCAAAUACAGCAAGGCAAAAAUAUUGAUUUCUCCUUGUAAGUCAGAAAAAGUAGCAGUAAUCUCCAUAACGAAAAGUUAUGCAAAUACUCCCAUGCAUGGAAGCAAGGGUUCUGAAAACAAGGAGUAAAACGGCACACCAACAAUGUAAGUCCGAAGUAGGGAUGAAGGAUGAAUUCAGAGAGGGAUAAAAGGUGACUUUGUUCCAGCUUCCCUGAUUCUCACUUUUUUGUUAAUGAUACCAAAAAUAAAUACCUGCAGUUUUACCAAAUAUGAUUAGCAUGUGAUUAACUCUUGAUUCUGUAGAUGUUUGCUGUAGAACUGGUAUGACCUAAACAAAAAAGUGAUGCAUUUUCUCCACCUAUCAAAACUGAAUAGUGAUGUAGUAGUACAAUUGUAUUAUAGCCUUCCUGUAAUCUAUUGUGAUGUAUGAAUUCUUCGUAACGUUUCAUGCGUAUUCAUUCACAAACAGCAUUAAAUAUAGAACAGAGUUAAAUAUAGAAUAUAGGAGACAGGUUUAUUGUGUUACUUUGAAAGCGUUCCCCUCCGCCAUAAUGCUACAGCCAACAACCUGAUUUUAACAGCUUGAAUUGCUCUUUAAUAUUAGGGUGGCUUUUUUGAAACAGACUUGUGAUUAAGUAUCUAUUAAGCCUGCAUAUUGUGCCCCUCAACACUAACCCCUUCUGGAACCUCCAGUUCCAUAUGUGUAGAACACGUUGUCUAGAUGGUCUUUACUUGCAGACAAAGAAUAGAAUAGUACUGUUGUUUUCCAAGUCCUGAAACCACUGUGAUUUUCAUUAAAAGGACUAUUUAAUCUUAAUUCUGAUAUCAUCCUAGACACCUCAGGAAAGGUUCACUACGAACAGAAAAACAGCCUUACCAUUUCUGUGGACAUCUUGACAAAAGAACAGGCUAUAGAGUAUAUUAGCAGGUACAUAAUUUAAAAAUUAGUUUUAUUUACAGCUUCAGAUAGCAACAUUUGAUCAACUACUAUCAGCUUUUUGAAAGAACCUGUUUUCACACUUGUCUAGCAAAACACUGAUGUUUUAUUUAAAAAAUAGUAAAAUGGACUGCAAAACUUGUUUCAGAAAAAAAAUAAAAUUCUUUUAGAGCUUGAAACUACAUUGCCACCUGCUGUCUCUAACAAAAAUCAGGAGACAGGUCUGGCUGGGCUGCAGAAUAAUAGAAAUCUCAUAAUAUGGGAAAUCCAUUGUGAAGCAGAGUAUGAGAUAAAAAUUUUGAAAUUGUGAAGAAUUAUUUAGUGCCUGCUCUCCCUUUCUUUCGCUUGGCCAUGAUUGGUCCAGAAAAAGAAGACAUGAGUAAACAAGAAGGGAAUUACCAGUGAAGACUGCAUAGUUAACCAUGCUCUGCUCAUCAUAAAACAUUCUCUUGCAGCUCUUAUCACAUAGUGACCAGAUACACACAGCUGGGAUGAAAUAACAGAUAAGAGAUUCACGAAAGUGAAAAGCUGCUUAUUACAGACACAAUGUUUUGAAAGAGACUGUGGAUACUGCAAGCUGAGUAGGAAGACGCAAAUGCUUCAGACUUCUGCAUCUCCUUUAGCAAAGAGGUGACAGUCUACAGGAAACUAGGAUUUAAUCUCUCUGUGGUAACGGUACAUUUCAAUGAAUUAAGUUUUGGGAGAAGGAGGAUGGUGAAAGAAACGGGACAAGGUUACGGGUUUUUUAAUGCCUUUGAGUAUUUUUGAAGGAACUAACAGAACGUAAGUUAACUGGUAUAUAAACACUGUUAAAUUAAUUAGAAGGGAUUAUGAAUACCAACAGAGACCCCACACAAGAAAAAAAGAAAAGAAAACGUACAACGAAAGGUUAGAAAUAUGCAUACAAACUCACUCAAGUAUCUGCAGAAAAAAUCCCAAACCACUAGUACUCCAUUAAAUUAAAAAAAAAAAAAAAACAUUAAUUAAAAUGGUACAGCUUAAAGCUGUAUUUCUGGGACCAGGUUAGUAGUAAAAGAAAGUAAGAAGUUGCUGUAUGGAACACUACAAAAACUGCUAUUCUUGGACAGUAGAUAAGGAGACACAUGGUGCCUGUUUGAAAGGUUUUCAUCCAAAUGAAACAGAUGAUGCCCUUCCUGAUGUGUAAGAACCCAUUUUCAAUGUUGUUGUGUGAAAGCAUUGUUCAGCAGACUUUGAUAAGCAUGCGUUCUUUUGGUUUUGUCUCACUUUUACCAAAUUUUUAUUCCUGGACUUAAUGAUCAUCCUACAAUGUAUCAGCUAGACAAAUUCAUGUUCAGAGGUUAUUCCGACAUCCCAGAGAGAUUCAGAGAGUAAGAGAUUCAGUGACAUCGAUAUAAGGCAGCCAAAAAUGGCAGCAGUUACCAACAACAUAGCUUGUAUGUUCUGUGCUUCAGAGGAUUUCACAUGGAGUGCAUUACUGAGAAAAACCUCCAGAUUUUUUCUUUUCCUCCCUUGUUCUCAUCCCUAAAUGAAAGUUUCAAAGACUCGUUAGCUGAUGUAUUAAUCAAUAAAACCCACAUAAAUAGCUGCGAAGCAAUAUUUGAAAAAAAGUAUUUUUGCCUGAUGACUUUUUAAUUUUAUAUAAAGACAAACAAAGCAGUUAAGAUAAUAUGGCAGAGAGCAGAUUUUGUAUAUACAUUAAAUUCAGCCUCAUUGUCUGUUUCUCUAUUAUUGCUUAUUUGUUUUCUUUUGUAGUAUCAAAAAGGCAGAACUAUUACUGUCAGCCGGAGGGAGCACUACAGGAUCUGCCCCUGUGUGUAUGGUACCUUUGGCCAGACAAAAUUAACUACAUCUAGAAGCAACACUAUUCAAGACAAGUCUUAAGGUCUUAAUGUCCUUUGAAAUUAAGGAUUUCGGUAGGCAUCUGGCUUUAAGCAUAAGCUUAAAUGCCAUUCUGAAUAGUAAAAGAAAUAAACGGGCUCUGAAGCAUUUUAUUGAAUCUGACUAUAGUCUUUAACUCAGCCAAAUCCUCCUUACGUAAGUCAAAGAUAUUUUUCCUAAAAAUGAGGCAAGACGUGGAUUCACAUAAUUUGCAAGUUUACAUGUCCUGUUAUUCAGUAAGCUAUACCUCCAAAACAACAGACUGGACGGUGCUUGACAUUCAGCUCCUAAAACGCUUCUCAAUAACAUCACAAAUGGAGGACGAACGCCCACCACCACCUACGGCAGGGUUUGGGGAACCCACCAAACACAGAGACGACCGCAACUUCCGCAGGACCGUCAUGCAGAAACCACUUAAAUAGCCCAAAGUAAAGCAAGCCCAACAGAGUCUACUGAAGACAACUACCCGCUAAAGACAGCAGAAGUUAAGGAUAAAAAACGUCCUGCGAGGAGACGACCCUCACCCGGCGCCCCGAGCAGCAGCCGCCCGGAGAUGUUCCACGCCGGGGACCGCGCCCCCCGCCGCCUCCGCCCGCACAGGGAGCGGUGGGGCCGGGCAGGCUGUUCCGGCCGGCUCUUCCCCUCCUCAGCUGUCCUCCGCUUUCCAUCUCUCCUCCCCGGACGAAGUUCAGGGGCCGCCGCUCCCCACGCAGCGCCCGGAACCCCGGGGGGCGGGCGAAGCCCCUCACAGCCUGAUCAGGCUGCCCGCCAUUUCUUCCCCGCAUCUUUAGCGGAAACGCGGCCGGUCCGGAGGCCUCAGAGCCGGGCCCCCGCUUCCCGUCCCUCCCUGGCGCCGGAGGGGCGAGGGGAAUCCCCUGUAAUCCCCCGUCACGGCUCUGCACCCCCGGCGAGGCCUCCGGCAGCAGCGGAGGGGCUUUGUGCUGAACCUCCCGUGCCUGGGACUCCAUCCCCCACAACGCCUCGCUGCGGCCCACCCCGCAGUGUGCCGGGAGUCCAUUGGCAAAGCCACCGCUCCCGCCUCCUUGUGCGGGGACGGCAACCUGCGUACACAGAGACCGAGCGGGCGGGGGAUGAGCGCCGCGCCCGUCCCUCUCCUCAGCCGCGCCGAGCCAUGAAUCUGGGUGAUGGACUGAAGCUUGAAACUGAAGUGCUGGAUGGAAAGCCUAGGAUAAUUUUAGCUGCUACCGAUAAAUCAAAGCCUGCAACGAAGAUGGGUAACAAAGCCAGAGCACCUAAACAGGCAUUGAGAAUAAGGCACACUGGGCAUGUUCUGAGGUCAACACAAAACGCUUGUAUCAAGCAGGAAAACUUAACAAAACCAAGGAGUGAAUCAAGCUUAUCAAUGACAAAAGGCGAAAAACUGCAAGUUACUAAACACUCCUCACAUGAAGCCGCAGCUAAGGAUCACUCUUUGAUUUUCCAAAGAGAUAGCACAAACAGAUAUCCUGAUUCAGAGAAUCCUAAUGUUAUUAAAAAAAGUAAACAGAAACCUCAAAACCCACGUGUAUCAGCCGAAGACCUAAGAAGUUUGGUGUGUUUAACACAAGAACAGCUUCAGCAGAUUUUGAUGACUGUAAAAGAAGGAACUAGAAGUAUCUCUGAGAGUCAUAAUGAAAGCCAAGAGGAAAUGGCUACUAACGAGGCAUCAGAGGAAAACAUCAUAGUGUUGCUCCAAAAAGCUUGUGAAGUUUCACCUGUUCCAGAGGAAGCUAACUCUGAUUCAAGCAGGAAACAAGAAACAUAUCCGCAGCCAGGACAGAAAGUUGUAAAGGAUUCGUGGAAACCUGGUGACAUGUUUAGUACCUUGGGUGAAAGAGAAGGGAAGAAAGCCUUAAUAGAAUUUAGAAAGACCCAAUGGAAGAAGGAAUUAGAUGAACAGGUAGCACUGAAGAAGAAACUGAAAGAAACUUUGGAGGGAGAGCUGGGUUAUUUCUGGGCAAAACCUGGCAAUAAUAAAGCCCACAAAGAGAAAGUGGAAACAACUGACCCAGAAAAGACAGUGUUUCCAGCUGACUCAAUUAUUAUGACUGAGGAAAACUGUGUCUGUACAACUGCUUUAACCACCCAGGCUAAUCAAGUUCCACUGAAUGUUUCAAGUGCUCCAGCUGGGCAGUCUUCUGAUUUCAGUUCUUAUUGCACAGCAUUUGUUUUAGGGGAAGCUGUGCCACAGGAACGACCCUUUAGUGCUUUGAAGCAUGAGCAACAGAAGAAGUGGCUUGAAGAGCUGGACAAACAGAAGGAAGAAGCUAAGCUACGAAAAAUAGAAGAAAAACUUAAUUUAUCAAAGGCUGAAGAGCAUGACAGAUGGGCAAUGCAUUUUGAUUCUUUAAAGAACCUUAAUGCUAAUACACAACACCCCUUAAAUGGAAUGUACAAAAAGCAGCCUGAAAGUCCUUGCCUGUCACCUGACCCUAAGGAGCUGACUGCUUUUAUUCACCCUUUUUCACCUGCAGCUUUAGGCAACCUCAUACCGUCUAAGGUGGGAAAUGCAGAAAAAGCUGCUAAAAACAGUGCUUUGGAACACAGUCAGAAAGUCAGUUUCCUCCGUUCAAUGACAGCUCUCCUGGACCCUGCACAGAUUGAAGAGAGAGACAGGCGGCGGCAGAAACAGUUAGAACAUCAGAAAGCAAUAAUGGCUCAGGUAGAAGAAAAACGGAAGAAGAAGCAACUGGAAGAAGAGCAGAGAAAAUGGGAAGAACGAGAGGAAGAACAGCGCCUAGCGCGAGAAAAAGAACAAAUGCAGAAACAGUUUGAAGAAGAUAUGCUGAAACAAAAACAAAAGGAGGAACUCAUCACUCUAAAAACAAAUGAGCUUUAUCAGACAAUGCAGAAAGCUCAAGAAUUAGCACAGAGAAUAAAACAAGAACAGCGCAUUCGAGACUUGGCUCAGAAGGGACAUGACAUUUCAAAACUUCAGAAGAAUCUUGGUGGUGGUGAUGCAGAAUUUGAAAAUUGUAAUGCUGACAUUUCACAUCAAAGUCAUAAUUUUUCUGAUGACAUUAAGAGUCACAUUGACCAGCAGACUUCUCCUCGGAAGGACACUGCCGUACAGACAGAUUACUUUAACAUUUCAGCAUACACUGAGUCAACUGAGGAAAGAACUGUGUGUUGCGGAUCACCUGAUAUUUCCAUAGAAUAUAAAGAAACCUCUAGCAGCAAAAAAUACCAGAAGGAAAUGCAGUAUACAGAUAAGAAUAAAAUUUCAGGAAAAGAGGAUGGUGGCAUUUACAAUGAUCUAUAUGAACAAUAUGCCAGAAGAGAAAGACAGAUUAAGCCUUCAGAAAAAUACAGCAAAAGACCUGACUGGAACAUAAACAAGCCUGGGAAAAGAUACAUUCCGGCAUCAGAAAGGUACCCUAAACAGCUGCAAAAACAAAGGGAAGAAAACAAAGUAAGACGACAAAUGGAGCUGCUUCAGUUGGUAGAAAGAAAUAGCCCCAGGAAUCUCUGCCUAAAAAAGGGUGGUUAUUCAGACAGGUCUCCUUCACCUCGUGAAGAAAUAACUACGAAGAAUAAGGGGCACACAGUGAGAAAGGAAGAACAAUUACAGAAGAAUCAUUUGAAUGCAGACAGAUCUGAAUCACCACCUGUCCCAGCAGUCAAGAACAGAUUGCAUCAGGCACAACAAAAACAGACGCACGCUUCUAAUUUCCUGGUGCAGAACACCAGUAGAAGAGAGAGAAAUGCCCAGACAGACCCGCAGCAGCGGAGCUCCCCCCCUCCCGCGGCAGAAGCUGCCAGACCUCCCUCUUCACAGUUCGUUCCGUACGUUCGAACACACGAAGUGUACUGUCUUGACCCAGACGCACCGGUGACUAGACCUUCAACACAUGACCCACAGUAUCGACAGUUUAAUGAUUCUUACCAAACGCCACGACAGAUUUUUAGCUCUGAUCACAUUAGAGAUCCUCUUCUAAAUCCUGAUGUAGUUAAAAUCAGAGAGAGACAACAAGCAAUUCUCAAAGGAUUGUCAGAAUUACGCCAGGGCCUCCUGCAGAAGCAGAAGGAGUUGGAGACUGCUCUGAUUCCUGCUCUGGCGCAAGAAGAGAACUUUAUUUCACCAUUUUGAGAGAUGUCUGCAGAAGAUGCGUGAGCCAAGUUCACGUUAGUUGUUCUGUGACAAGCGGCACAGAACCCCCCCUGCAGCUGUGGUUAGACAUAACCCCACUGUGAAGGUACCUCCCAGCCGCAGCGAAGGGAACAGAGGUGCCCUCUGGCCUCUCCUUUGAAUGCCGAGUCACGCGCGAGGCGACAGCCUGCACUUGCUGUUAUAGGAGGUAGAACAGUUCUUCACCAUCCAUUACCCUUUCUUGAUACAAGGGAAUUCUCUUUUGAAAAAAGAUCAUUUAUUUGCCAUGUUUGGUAGGAGGGUAACCACUGCUACACUAGUCUAGUGCUGACAGAGGGAAGGGCAUUCAACAUUAAGGGUAAUUCUGGGGGCUGGGUUUGUUUGGUUUUUUAAAAGCUAGCGUUUUUUAACCAAUAAUAUUUUUCCCCAACUAAUUUUGUGAGUUUGAAGUAGUGUUGUUUCAAAUACCGUCCUCUGGCACUAAACCACACAUCCUACAUGAAAGUACUAAAAUCAAAUUACAAAUAGGAAAAAAAACCCCAAACAUAUGAGUUUGGACAACCUGAAGCUAAGAGCAGUAAACGUAUGAGUAUGAGUGAAGAAUAUCAGUGUUUGCAAACCCAGCAACGGAACAACAAGGGCUGGAGACGCCACAGCUGCUGCCUCUGAGCUGCCCUUUUCCAGAAGCCUGAGGCAGAAGGUUGUGUACAAAAUUAGGCAAUUACCAGAGAACCACGGGGAAAAAUUAAAAAGGGCAAGAUUAAGAAACUGAUAAAACUCUGUACUUAAGACAACGCUAGGAUGGAGGUUUUUCUAACGCAGAUUGAGCUUCCCGAGUCAGUAAACCCAGGUCUGUCCUUCUCUCGUUACCGUAAUUACAAUGGCAUGAUAAAAGCGGCGAGAUCCCUGC